CACUCGCCAACAAAAAAUCGGUCGCCGUCGUCGCGGAUAGUUUACAAUCGCUGCUUCUUCUCGGAUCCGUGGCCAUUUCAGAGGAAAAAAAAAGGGUGAAAAAACACUCGAAAUUGGUAGGAAUUAUUUUCGGGUCGUGAUUCAAAGUUACCUACGGGCUUACACGGUGGCUUGGAAGUUGCCAAGUGCGUCGCAAAAGUGAAAACGCCGCCGCGAGUGUAAACGCUGGGUCUAAAACGGUGCCACAAAGUUUAGAUCGAGGGGGUGAGACGCCAGAAACAGAAAAUUCAAAUUGCAUUGCAUUCUGGGGCAUCAUCUCGUUCCGGAUUAAAAAUAGUUUCCAGCCGCAGUGGCGAAAAAUACGAUCACGAGGAUCGGAGGGAUGGCCUUCGAAGCCCAGUUUGGAUAGUGGGUGUCCGGUUUCCGGUUCGGGAAGUUUUGGCCGGAUGUGCCUGUAAACUAGCAGGUGUGGAAUUUGUGUGGUAUUUUUUUUCUGCUGUUCAGUUGAUUGGAUGUAGAAGGGGAAAAGGGGGUGGGAACAACGACAAGUUGCUGUCAACUAGAAAACGGAUUAGCCUAUCUGGCAAAUACUACCAAGGAAUCUAAAGGACCAGUGAACCGGACGAACGAGAGCUGAAAUUCGGACACUUCCGGAGGGUGAAAGGGCGAAAAAAUGAGUUUUUUCACCUCCGUUCAGGAGAUGCUGGUGGACAUCGACCAAUCCAGCAAUCUCAAUGGGUAUCACUUCUCGAACAGCCUUUUCGGGUUCGACUCUAACUCCAUACCCUGUUUGGAGAAUGUUGUUCAACCGUCGCCUGUGUCAGGAUCGUUGGCCCCAGCACAACUUCAGCAUCAACCCUCCCAGAUGAUUAUGCUGAAAACUCCUUCACCAAUACCGGCAACCAUCACCCCACCUCCGAUGAUUCCGCUGGUGGAUUUCCCAAAAACUUGUCACCUGCCAGCAGCAGCACAUCAACCGCCCAUUAUGAGCACCUCACCUCUGCUACAUCAACUAACGCCACCGACCUCAUCGCCACUACCUGAUCCAAUACUUAACAACAAUAACAACAUUCCAGCAAUUUCCAAGUUCAGCCUUAAGGUCACUCCGAACAAUGAAAUCUACAUCUCGAACGAAGCUGGCACAUUUUGCGAACUGGCUGGAAGUUUCGUUCCUUCAAAGAAAGAACCCACUAUGAUAUCGGUUCCAGUUCCACCGCCACUGCCCCCAGAACCCAGCCCUGCAGUUAUUGUCCCGCAAACCUCGCCACCACAACCACCCACGGAACCUCCCAAAACGCUGUAUUGCAUCGAGAAAGGCAUCAAACGACCACUUUCACCAACAAACAGACGAUACUGUAAUUCGGGCAUAUUUCGAUCCGAGUUAUGUUCACCAUCAAAGAAGAAACCUACCUCCACUAGCUCUUCCACCGGUCCAGGAUCUACCGGAACCGGUGCAAGUGGCGAAACCACUGAAGCGGCCAAACUUGUCGUGUCAAAUGUCAUCAACAAUGGUUUGAUCGUCAACAAAAAGUAUUUAUCCACUACCGGUGAAACUGAGUCGAAACCAAUCUCCGGGUCGAAUCGAAACCCAACGCCCGAUCGCAAAGUUGUAAAGCUCAAAAAACGCAAAAAGAAGAAGGUCACACUCAAAGCCGAACCAACCGAGGUCCCUAAAACUGCUAACCCAGUUGCUACUAAACCAUCACCGAGUGCUGAGCCGUUACCCACAAAAAAGAUCACUUCAGACAAUCAAAGGAACGGCCUUACGGCUAGAAUCUCUAACACGGCCAACUCCACUUGCCUCGCAAAAACUCAGGCUCCCGAAAGUGCUCUAAACUUUUCCGGCAUCAAAGAGCGAGCAGCUCAGAAAGCCAUUUUCGAAAGACCUCCUUCAGCGGUGGUACAACAAACCGUAGUUGCGGCACCAAAACCUCCCGUUGCCUUACCGGUAUCGAUGCCCGCAACCACCCCUUCGACGACAAACUUUGUUCCAACCACGACGACAGUUGUGAUGGUUGAGAAUCCAAUAGUGGAGGCAGCUAAGGUGGCGGCAAGUCCCGCUAGGGUGGAACAACCGGUCAAUGUGCUACCGGAGAUACGGCAGGCAGAUGCCGGCGUUGAUAAUCCGGUGGAUAUGAACGCCAACCUGGGUAGUCCCGUUCCACCAGUGGAGCUGAAGGUUGUGGCCGAUCUAGUUAUGGAUAAGGAUAUCUACGGGCAUAUUUCGUUGGUUAAUAACUCGAUGGACAAAUCCAAAUCGGUGAUCUAUCAAAAUCCGGUUACGACAACUAACGUCGUCUAUAACAUCCUGGGUCCGAAAUCAUUGAACCUGGGGCUCAAUAAUGGUCCUGAAAAGGCGCCUGACGUUAUCGUUGCACCUAAGCCCAAUGCCCCUGCACCUUCUGCGUCGCCAGUCACCCCUCCAGCUGCAACAACGAAGAAGCCCACCAAGAAGCGUGGCAGGAAACCGAAAACCGAAAUCACCACCGCUCCUGAACCGGAACCUAAUCCGGAACCGAACGUACCUGUGCUGGUUACCCGUUCCGGACGGUUAUCGAAGCCUCCCCGCUACGUCAACAGCUACUACCAGAGCCUGGAAGACAAAGAAGACGAGGAUGAAGUGAAACCUUUGGGACCACCAGCACCUGUUCCACCUCCAUCCAUUCCGGUGAUUUUGCCGAGGCUGGACCUCCCCACACCGGAUCCGGAAACGGCGGAGAAGCUACCCAACUUCUCCGCUGCCCUGACACAGAAACUGGAAGACGCAAUCGUCAAACGGAAGGUCAAUGUCCCUCUGCAGUACCGGUGUGCGACGUGCAAUAAAAUAUAUCUGGGCAAAAGGAUGCAGCGACAUUUGGAGAAGUAUCCCACUCACAACUCGGCACGCGAUUGCAUGAAAGGCGAGCGAGUCCAGGAACGGAAGUCCCAGGAACCGGAGGAGAAAUCGACGUACCUGUACAAGCAUCUGUUCGAUUUGCUGCAAAGGUUCGCCGAGAAAGAGAAGGGGCGGGUCAUGCUUAAAGAGAUUAGCCAUUUCGUGGAUUACGUGCGGGCACUAAUCCCUCGGUUGAUCACCAACGACGAACAGAACAGUACGGUGGAAUAUAUUGACCAUAAUGUGGCUGAUGUGCUGCGAUUGAACCACGGUAAAUACCGUUUCAAGUUGAGUUCUUGGGCAGAAGAAUCCGAAAAAUUGAAUGUCAAUUCUGUUGGUUUAAAAAGCGGCACCGAAAACCAAACCGCGCCGAUAAUAACGCAAGCUCCAACGACUCCCAAAAGAACUGUGAGUCCCCCGACAACCAGCAGAACUCCCGGUGGUGCUCCCGAGAUGCAACAAUCGUUUUCUUUCAACGCUGACGACAUUCUUCACCAGUCCAGUUCAUUUCCCAGCCUGAGCACGCUAGUCCAUGAACACAAUCUGCUGCAACAACAGCAUCAACCUCACAGUAAUAACAACAACAACCCCACACACAGCAAUUUCAACAACCCAGUCAACAACCAUCAAUCGCAACAUCUAGCCCAGCCACAAUAUAUCCCACCUAGCACCAAUACUAGCAAUAAUCACCACAAUAGCCUGUUGUUCAAUGGCAACAACUCAUCAAACAACCCGAACACCGCGGGAUACCAUCAUCCACAUCAGCAUCAGCAAACAGCAAGCAGCCAUCACAACCACAACCAUUCCCUGCAACCAGUGAGUCCAGCGACUGUCGUUGCCAAUGGAGGGGUGAGUGUUGCGGUGGCGACAGAAGAAGUGACCAUCGUGACCCACCAAGCUCCACUACAUUCACCCUAUCAGCAACACAACGGCCUGUCCGGCCUCUGCAAAACACCGGUUCAGCCUCUGAACUACCACAACGGGUAUCAUCCGCAUCACCAUCCACAUUCGAGCCCCUCGGCCGGGAUGGCACUGAACUACUAAAAUUACAAAUGCCUGCAGAUUAAAAAUAAGUUGAACAAAAGAUACAUUUUAAACGACCUGACAACCACAACAAAAAACUCUAAAUUAUGUUAUACAAAGUUUAACGCAUGUGUCUAAUAUUUGAAGUGUACAGUUUAUUGAGAAAAAUUGAAAACUUAACUCCACUGUCCCCAGGUUAUUGUUGGAAACAAUCACAAGUAAAAAAAACAAAACACAAUGCAAAAAAACACAAUAAGAUACUAAGUAUAUGAAAAAUAAACAGUAGUUUGAGGAGUUGAAUCCGCAGUUUGAAAACGAAACAAAAAAAAAAAAAAAAAAACAAAAUUAUCAAUCCGAGUCUAAUCAGAUGAAGACAAAGAAGGUAAAACAAAUAUGGAAAUUGAAUGAUAAUAAUGGUAUAUAAUAAAUUGGAUAUAUAUGAUUAUUAGUAGCAAACAGGUUUGUUUUUUUUUAUGAAUUUGAGCGAUAGAGCGAGAAAAAUUUAAUUAAGCUAGAAUUAGGGUAAGCCUCAAACAGGAUGGUUUUUUUUUAUCGACUUUGAGCGAUAGAGCGA